AAAUUAUUUGAUAAUUAAGUUCUUUAUUACACAGCCAUUAAUGUAUAUGGUCAAAUUAUGCUGGUAAUUGUAUUGCAAAUCAUUAAGUCAAGAAAAUGUAACUUGCAUGGGGAUGAUUAGGGUCUUUAGGUGAUGGGCACAUGCUGCAUCAGCAUUGGGCAACAGUGUUGCAGCGGGAGUAGAGAGGAGAGAACUCAUAAAGAAUGAUGUGAUGAUAUCAGCCAUAGCCAGAUAGGAAUUUAAGAUGCUGUAAGGAUGAAAUGAGUAGGGAAAUGUAACUUAUUUCAAAAUAUGUAACCAUAACUACACGUCUCCUUAAUCAGCAUAACAUGUAUGCAUUCGACUAGACAUAAAAUUGUAUUUCUUCACUGCUGUAGCAAAUACAAAGUUGAAUUUCCAAUAUGGUAGAGAGGUUGUUGUUGUACAGUGGACUGUUGUCAUGUCCCCGCAGUGCCUGUAGUGGUGCUGUGAGGAGUCUGCUGUGGACUGAACUAAAAUCCUCAGCAGCUCCCAACUGCUAAUAUUUGCUGUGGAUAAUCUACAUUUAAAUGCAUCAGCAUUUUCAAUGAUAUUGUAUUCGAAUAAGAGCAUUAUUAGUAUCCUAAAAUAUCGAAUAUCGAUGCACGAAUAGGUGAGCUGGUUCUAAUAGGCACUUCUACUGUGUAUCUGGAGCGAAUACCUUACACAGCCUAUACCAAUUGAAGGGCAGUCUCUGUGAUUUACUGUGCGUGAUGUAAGACUCACGGUUUUCCCUGGCUUCUUCCUCCCCAUCAGCUGAUGUUCUCAAGAACAAGAGUCACGUGAUGUAUGAGGGCAAACACAUACACUUCUCUGAGGUGGACAAUAAGCCAUUGUGCUCAUACAGCCCAAAGCUCUGCAAGCAGCGCAGACUUAAUGGCUAUGCCUUUUGUAUCCGUCACGUCCUGGAGGAUAAAACUGCCCCCUUCAAGCAAUGUGAAUAUGUGGCCAAGUACAACAGCCAACGAUGCACCAACCCCAUCCCCAAGUCUGAGGACCGCAGAUACUGUAACAGCCACCUCCAAGUCCUUGGGUUUAUCCCCAAGAAGGAGCGGAAGAAGAAGCAUGAUGCGCUGGAUGACAUGCGCUCAAGACCUCACUUGGAAUCGGUGGCUCUUAACAUAACUGUUCCCUCACUGGCGCUGAAGGCUGCCAACGGCUUGGACGAGCUGCCACCCUCCCCACCCUGUACCCGUCUGAUACCCCUCCCGGACGGGGAGCACCUGGACCCUUUUGCCUUCUACGAGGAGGACACAGACGGAGAAGAGGGUCCUCCUCAGAAGGGCUCCACUGUCAGGAAGAAGAUACACAGUCGGCUGGUGCUUAGUCAGAAACUACAGCACCACCAUCAGGACACCGACCUCCAACCUCCUCCAGAGCACUUUAGACCCUCUCCUGUGCCCCGCGUGCACCCGUCCUCGCCCCUCCAUCCCCACCUUCCCCGUCAGCAGCAGAGCGCUCUCCUCCAGCACUCAGCCGUGCCCUCGUUUGUCCUCCCAGGACAGCAGCAGGGUUUAUUAUGCAAGCCUGCUCCACCUCAGUCUCCAGCCUUUCUGCCUCCUGGGUUGCCCCCCAACACGGCUCCCAGUCCGGCGCAAUCCACCUGUCCUCCCUUCAGCAGGAAAGCUCCAUUCACCGCCACACCCCUGCCGCCCGGUACCUGGGACAGCGCUCACCGGCAUGCGGUGGCCAUGCGCCCGGCUGUCUUUCUGCCUCCACCUGUCUGCCUGGCCAGAUUACAGCAUCUGGUGCAGCUUGUCGCUCAGAGACAUCAGGAGCACGGAGACCUCUUCCCACAUCUCGGGUUGGACUGGUCUGAAGACAGUUCAGAGGAUGAUGAGGUGGAGGCAGAGAGAAUUCCACCCUAUCACAACACUUGGAGCCUACAGGAGGGACGUCUGCAGGAACAUUCAGAGGGCGAGGCAGGCAGCUCGCGGAGAACGCGGCUCGCUCGGCUGUGCUCGUACCUUCAGGAAAAAUACAAGCACUUGUGCAGGCAGGAAAGGGCAACCAUGCGCCAGAAGAGAUACCGCUAUGCCUUCCGCAAAGCCCUGCUGCACGCCGCCAGUAAAGACCCAGACUGCGCUGGCCAGCUGAUCCAGGAGCUGCACACCGUGUCCCAGACCUCGUCAAGUGCCCCGAGGCAGCAGGAAAUACAGACUGGAAUCUGCACUGGAAGCACCAAGGGCCAGGCCUGCAGCAGCCAAGCUCUGCCCUUCACCCGACACUGCUUCCAGCACAUUCUGUUGAAUCGCUCCCAGCAGCUCUUCUCCAGUUGCACAGCCAAAUUCGCCGAUGGACAGCAGUGUUCCAUCCCUGUGUUUGACAUCACGCAUCAGACACCGCUCUGUGAAGAGCAUGCCAAAAAAAUGGACAACUUCCUGCGUGGUGACGGUAACAGAAGAGUGCAGCACCAGCAACAGCAGCAGAGGAAGCCACGUAAGAAGACCAAACCUCCGGCACUCACCAAGAAACACAAGAAGAAGAGGAGGAGAGGGCCAUGGCGACCCCAGAAGCCCAUCCCACCGGCGCUGCCCCAGGGGAACUUGGGAAUGCCAUCCUCCUCGGGCCUGUCCAUACCCCCCCAGGCCAGCGUCAGGAGCCCCUCCACGCCUGAACUGAGCACCGAUGAGCUCCCCGAUGACAUCAAUGACAUGGCAGACAUUCCAAACGACCUGGAGCUGAAUCAGGAGGACUUUUCAGACGUGUUGCCCAGGCUCCCGGACGACCUACAGGACUUUGACUUAUUUGAAGGUAAGAAUGGGGAGCUGCUUCCCACCACAGAGGAGGCUGAGGAACUGGUUCGGGCGCUACAGGCAGGGCUAAUGGGCUCCUACCCAGACUCCCUGGUGUGCCUGACCUCCAUGGCGGACCUGGCGCAGGCUGACGGGGUGGAUCAUCGGGCCAUGGCGGCAGUGUUCCCCGGGCCCGGUGUUCAGUCAGGGGGGAUGGGGGACCUGCUCAACGGCCGCAUCCCCCCAGAGAACUUCUCCAGCCUGGAGCUGGAGGACAACCUGCUGCACUCUACCGGGGGUCACUUCUCCCCUGUGGCGUCACCUCAGCAGCCCCCCGCCCAGGGUCUGCCCCCUCCCUCGGGGCCUAGCCUCACCUCCGCCCCCGCUGUUGCACAUAGCCCCCUGUCGGAGCGGACGUUUCCCCGGACACACCCUCCCCACCUCCUGGCCAAGCCCGAGGCGCCCACCUCGUCUCCACAAGGCAGCCAUUACAGUAGUGAGCAUGUGCCAUCCCCCUACAGUGACCACAUGUCCUCCCCCCACACCGCCUCCUUUCAGACUGACUCCCGCCUCUUACUGGAGGUACCUCUCAGCGGGGUACCGGGCCCGCCACGCUCCUCCUGGAACAACCUCCCCCUGCCCCUCACGGAUCCUGCCCAGUUCGGCAACCUGAUGGGACCAGAGGGCCACCUCAUAUCCACCUCUCUGUCCACUCCCCCAUGCUCCACCACCCACUCUGUCACUCUGCAGCCCAUGGCUGCCCUCUCAGCAAUGCCCCAGAGUGGCCUGACGGGCUCGACUGCUCCCCCCGCCCCCUCGCCCCCCGACCUACUGACCUCCACCCAGCCCAAGCAGCAGCUCCCUCAGUUCAGCGCUGCCUUCGGCCACCAGCUGGCCUCACACAGUGGCAUCCCCAAGGACGUGCAGCCCAGUCACAGCUCCACAGCGCCUCCUACUGGCUUCUCCAUUGCGAGUGCCACCGCUGCAAGUGCCAACAGUGCGACGCCGCCCUUUCCACACAGUAACUGAGAGAACGUUGUGCACAGUACAAGGACUGCAGGUCAAACCGGGGACUCCACGCUGUCCAUUCACUUUCAACCUACUUCCAUCUGCUCAAGUGUGCAAUGUGGUAAUGGUGCACUAUUCUAUCAGAAUUUGCACAACCUCAGAUAUUCCUUAACUGUGUAAUGAGUUGGUGAGGAUGUAGCCCGUUGGCCGACUGAAAGGGUAUGCUAGGGUCCAGUAGUUUGAUGUGAAUGCAGCGCCAGGAAUUCGCCAGCAGGGGGAAGUGUUGGACAGAGUUUGUGUGGAGGGAGGCGGCCCAGUAGAAACACGGUCUGAUGUGGAGGAGGAGUGUUAGAGGAAAGUGAGAUUCCCCAUCUUAGUGAGAGCAACAGUGCUAGAGAAUUCAGUGACAAAGCCUCAAUCAGUGGUCUGUUUUUUUGUAUUGCCAGUUUAGUCUUGUCUUACAGCCAUCAACUAUAUCCUGCUUUGCUAUGAUCAUUGCAUCGGUUCAUCUGUUCCUCGUACACUGUUCCAUUCACCUUUUGAAAGAGAUUCUAGGGUAGAUCUUUUUAUGUGAGUGUGACCCAUUAUGAAGCAGCAGAGGACAUUUCUCUGUAAAAUUGUAUCAUGAAGUAGUCCUGUCCUCCACAACUUAAGACACAGAAUUUCGCCAAACCACUUUUAAUCAGCUGUUUUUAUAUUGUAUAUAUUCGCUCUUAUGGGUUUACUCAGAAACGUAAAAGAUAUUUCGUCCUCACUAUUGGUUGUGGGACUUGUUAUGGGUGGCCUAUUAGACAGUUGAAGGUAGGCUAAAUCGUGUUACUUUAAGCAAUAAACACAUUGACAUACUUUCUUGUCACAGUAUUGUAAUGUAUUGUAUUGGUCUCCACUUAAUGUACCUUCACUAUGUAUUCCAAACCGACGUGGACCAGAAAUAUGUUUGAGCCUGUACGACUAUCCGUGUCCAACCAUUUGUCCUAAAUUAAGGCUAAACUGUUUGUCUGACGAGUAGAGAUCUUGACUAUUUGUAGCAGACCAGUGAAGAGGUCAGGAGGCUUCUCAUGGGUCAUAACGAGGAGUCACAAAUUGAGAGAGGGAAGCGUCAGUCCUUAUUGCAUGAGUAAUGGUCAAAUCCAGGAGCUUCAGUGUCCUCUUUUCUCCAUGCUCUAGGCUGGAUCGUACCAAGGCCAUUAAAGGGACACGAAUGCAUGUGGCCCCUCCCUCCUGUGAGAGAAACACAAUGUGUACUUCAGGAACCUGGUGGGGGGAGUGGGGGGUGGAAUCUAUCUUCAAUAUCAUAACUUAGUGAGGACCAGGAGAAAGUCAUCUGAUCAAGCAGUGUGUAUGGAUCCAGUGGAUGGGUAUAUGGAUGUGAAAUGAUGGCCCCCUUGUUUUACCUUCUGUUAGCUGACUGUUUGUGUGGUAGUGUGACUUCAUUGGUGUAAACUGGUGCAAUGAGCAUUUCUGAGGUAUAGCACUGUCUGUUGUAAUCAGAACUUCUUAUCAGGUGACUAUUAAGGUCAAAGAAGCAUGGGUCUCUAUGUUAACUAUGUUAACUGUUUGGUUAGGGAAUGAGGAUGGAAUCUACCAGACUCUUGCCUAUCUGGUUUUAAUAAGUUAUUUCAGCAGUAAACCAUGAGUACCAAUUUUAUUUUAUUUUUCUAUAAGGAACGAAAAGAUACUCAGACAAUUAGGUUUUUCCUAUAUUUAUAGGGUAGACAUCUCUACAUUGGGGUUUAUUGGUGAGUUAAUGAGUGGCAAUGGAUUGAAAAUGAAGUUUAAAAAAUAUAUAUAAAAAGAAUCUUGUCAUUUGCAAAGUGCUCGACGGAAACUGUUUUGUGGAAAACAUUUCUCUUCUUUUAAUGGCUAUCAAAACUGUUGUUGUGUCCCUUCAAAGUGGAAUGAUCAAUGUUUUGUGUUCACACUUUGUCAUUUUGGUAAACACUUUUCUAAAUUGAUGUAAGAUGGUAUUUUUGAUAGCUAUUAAACUCAGACAAGCAGUUGCUACUGAAAGAUUGGAUUGCAUGGAGAUACCUUACAUCUGAGUGCAAAGCCACAUUUCCCAAUCAUAAUUACUGGAUUGCUCCUACUAGCAGUAAAUUCAAAUAUAGCAUUGCUUACCAUUCUUACCAUUUUAUUCUUUGCAAGUAAUGGGGAUAUACAUAAAAGCACCUGUAAUCAGUUUGGAUUUGGAACACAGCAUACCUUCUCAACUGAUUUUCUUUCAGGAUACUGAAAACUAACAGCUGUCACUAACUGCACGCACAUUGUUAAGACCUGAGCAGGUCCAAAUUCCAACUGCGAGAAGGCCCUGUUCAUUCUCCCAGUUCCAAAGAAAACAUAGUAAUUGGAAAAUGCCAGAGCAGACUUCAAGUUUCAUUUUCUUUUGCUUGACCACAGCAUUGUCAUUCCUAGAUGUACAGCCCCUAAGUGUUGGGUGGGCUGGAAUGUUUUCUUGAAUUUGUGCAAGCAAGGUGAUACUGCUGUAUUCACAAAGCAUGAGAUUAGAAACAUUGCAGUGCAGUUAGUUUCCCCACCAACCAUAUUGAAAAGACUCAACAGGGCUCUGUAGGCACUUGUAACUGCUUGAAAUCAGAGAGAUGGCUGACAAAUUCCUAUAUUCAUUGAAUGUACUGUAUUACUGUUUUUAAAGAUGAUAGGAUGAGCUAAUAAUAAUCUAGUCACCUUUUGUUAUUGGUCCUUGUUUAAUUUGUCUAAGGUAUUUUUUUGUAUACAAAGGUUUACAUUUUUAUGUAUAUUUUUCUUGUGUACAAAUGAUGUAAUAUGUGUAUAAACACUGUAUGUAAUAUCUGUAUAUAGUGUGAUAAAAUUUGAUCUUUUGUUUUUGGAUGUAUAAAUAAAACUUGCUGUGAGGUAUUCGCUGA